AUGGCCUUCUCUCAGAAGGAGGAAGAACGCAGAAAGCACAUAUUCAAUUUUUUUUCACUUUCAUCAGACAAAAGUGUCAUGGCUCCAUCUAAAGUUUCAUCUAAAAACAAAGCGGCUAGGUCAAAGCUGAGGAGAAGGCGUCAAACAGCCAAAGCGACAGAGGCCUUACGGAGAAAAAGAGAAGAAUCCAUGACAGUUGCUCAAAGUCCAAGUCACAGUGAUUCCCCUCUUCUCACACAGGAUAUGGCACCAACCAAAAAAAGAAAUAAACAGUUGAAACGGGCCAGAGCUGCUAGGUAUCAACCUAAAGUUGAACAAGCGGACACUGGUAAAAAUUCUACUGUGGAUGCUGACCUGUCUAUGGCAUGCGGCAGAAGGAAUCCAAAUCUUGCAUUGUUGAACACUUCUUCUGCCCCUACACCACAGGAGUCGUACUUCCUGAUUCAUGAAAGCUUCAUGCGCUCUCUGUUAUCAGAAGUUGCUUGCACAGACUGUGGUAAUAAUGACCUUGAACUGUCCACGACAAACUCCUGUGGACUCGCAGCUCAGUUAAAAAUCUACUGCUCUCGUUGUGCUAAUGAGUGGGAAGGGUGGACAUCACCACCAGUGGACAAGCACUAUGACAUUAACCACAGAGCCGUUUUAGGCUGUAGAGACUCUAACAUGGAAUAUUUACAGCUCAAAUCUUUCCUCACGUCUAUGAAUGUACAACCUCAGAUGCACCCCAAUACAUUCUAUACGAAUGCCAAAACACUUGGCGCUGAAGCUCAAGACACAGCUGAAGAUGUUUUGUGCAAACCAUCUAGCAUAGUUGCUGAAUGUGCAGCAGAUACAGGUCUACAGUUAUAGAUGGGAACAGACAGAGUAGCUAACAAAAAUCUUCAUGUUGAGCUAGUGAUGUAUAUAUUUUUAAAUAAAACAUGUUGUUUUGUAA